CAGCGCUUAGCCCAUCCUCAGUUGCAGCUCGCGCUUCGUUGUUGGCGCAUUCUAAGGCAAAUAUUCGGCAGUGUUUACAGUAUUUACCUUUUUUUGUUGUUGUACUGAUUGUUUCGGUUGUUGGAGCGCUUUGUGCGGGCGCGCACGCGCGUUCGUCAAACAAAUUAAAUUAAUUAUAGAUUUGUAUUUCACUGAGAAUUACUGAUUUAUUUACACCAACAAACACGUGUUGAAAAUUAAAAAAUGAAAACUUGAAGUCAGUUUCAAAGUGCUCACAAAAUAAAAACGUAUAGCUUGCAAUAAAAAUGCCAGUGGCCAAAUGUUCCGCGUCAGCGCGUUGUGUAGUUGUGGCGGUAGUGCGUGUUGUUGCUGUUGUUACAGCAGUUACAGCAGUUAAGUUCAUAAAUAAUUUAGUUAAUAACAAAAUUGUCUAACUAAUUGCUUCGGUAAUAUCUUUACUGUUCUUUUUUGUAGUGUGCUACAACAAUAGUUAUUGCUUUUGUGUAAAAAUAUUGGAAAUAAUUAAAAAAAAAUAUAAAAUACUUUCUUUCAUAGAAAAUUGUGUGCCACCUAUUUUUUUGUUAAUUUAGUGCUGUUUUACAUAUAUUUAACUAAAUUACUGGAUAUAAACUAUGGAAAUUCGCAUUGAUUUGAACGGCCAUGUGGCGAAAGCAGUGCGCGACCAUUGCCAUCGGCAGCGAACCGAAGGCGUGGAUUUGAAGGCUCGUAAAAAACUGAUCAUCGCUAGUAUCUUGUGUUUGGUCUUUAUGGUCUGUGAGAUUAUUGGUGGCAUUUUAUCGAACAGUUUGGCGAUUGCAACAGAUGCCGCUCACUUACUAACAGAUUUUGCCAGUUUUAUGAUAUCAUUGUUUGCCAUCUGGAUAGCUGGGCGACCAUCAACACAGCGCAUGUCCUUCGGCUGGUAUCGCGCCGAGGUUAUCGGCGCCAUGGCCUCGGUCGUGAUGAUUUGGGUCAUUACCGCCAUACUCGUUUGGUUGGCCGUGCAGCGUUUGAUUAAUCGCGAUUUUGAAGUGAACGCCAAGAUUAUGCUGAUUACAUCUGGUUUAGCGAUUUUGGUUAAUUUGAUCAUGGGCAUACAGCUGCAGCAUGGUCACUCGCAUGGCGGCAUGUCCAGCUCGCAUGGCCACAGUCACGGCGGCAAGUCAGAGAAGCAGAAGAAGGGUAAAAAAGCCGCUAAUUUGCAAGUGGUUGCCAGUGAAGAGAGCAGCAGUAACGUAGCGCUCUCCACCGCCGCCAUUAAACCGGCUGCUAGGAGCGAAAAACGUUUUGUGGCAGGGCCGACGUGUACACCCACAGGCCAUUGCUCGCUGCCACCAACGCAGCGUCCGCUCGAAGAUGGCGCUGCCGAACUUGAGUUGGACGCCAAUGAUGCCGCUAUGCCCGUCUCAGGUUUGUCCACGUUCUCUUACCAGAAUUCGACUUCGGCGCAAGAGCUGCGCGCCGAGAUUGCCGCCGUUAUGGCGGAGACAGCGCCGGGUGCACAUCAUCAUGGCGGUGCGGCCUCACGUGAGGCAGAAAAUUUGAAUGUACGCGCCGCUUUCAUACACGUUGUCGGCGAUAUGAUACAGAGUGCGGGCGUAUUUGUAGCCGCGUUGGUGAUAUUCUUCCGCCCAGAUUGGGCGAUAGUUGAUCCGAUUUGCACGUUUAUUUUCUCGAUCAUUGUGCUCUUCACGACAUUUACGAUCAUGAAGGAUGCGCUCUUGGUUUUAAUGGAGGGUACACCCAGUUAUAUGCACUACGCCGAGGUCCUUGAAGUCUUCGAGCAUAUUGAGGGUGUGAGACGUGUGCAUAAUUUGCGUAUUUGGGCGUUGAGCAUUAAUAAAGUCGCCCUCUCCGUACAUUUGGCAAUUGCACCCGAAGCGAAUGCCAAACGCAUUUUGGAGGAGGCCAGCACCGCCGUUCAUCGGCGCUAUAAUUUCUUUGAGACGACCAUACAAAUCGAAGAGUUCACACCGGCAAUGGAGAACUGUCAGCAGUGUUGUGUGCCAGUCACGUAAACGCGGGUACCAACAGCAAUGCUGUAGAGAGGGUGGAAGCCACGGCGCUGAGUCGUGAAGCUCAAUUUUUGUAAUGCCAUUUAAUAUAUACGCGCCUACAUAUAUGUUUGUAAUCUGUAUUUAGUUAUAAAUGGGAGGAAAAAAGUUUUUGUUUUGUAACUUUUGUUUGUAAGGACUUUUUCGUCCUCUGUGUCUGUCGUUGCGUAACCAAUUUUUGUGGUUUUCAAUUAAGUUUCACAUUCUUUAUUUAAUGUGCGCUUUGACGCGGUAUUUCGACACAACGAA